AUGGCUUGCUACGACCUGUGCUCCCCCUCCGCCUGCGGUGUCAUCCGUCCCCAGCCCCUCGCUGACAGCUGCAACGAGCCCUGCGUCCGCCAGUGCCCCGACUCCACCACUGGGAUCCAGCCUCCUCCCACCGGCUAUGGCUAUGGGGGCCUUGGGGGCCUGUAUGGCUAUGGGGGCUAUGGCUACGGGGGUCUGUGUGGCUAUGGGGGUUACAGGGGCCUGUAUGGCUAUGGUAGAUCCUAUGGCUCUGGCUAUUGCAGCCCUUACUGGAACAGGUACGGCCGCGGCAUCUGCGGGCCCUGCUAA